AUGUUAUACCGCUAGAUGGCGCUGGACGUCCACCUCAGGCGCAUGGGCAACUCGACGUGGGAGUUCAGGCUCGUCGGCAAGAGAGGCUUCAACAUCUCUGUUACUGAGGCCCAGGCUCCGGAGCGUCGUCGCAGCAAACUCGCCGUGCAGGAGGAAGUGGUGUACUCCUCCCCAUCAUCCGAGUCUUCGGACGAGGACAGCCAGCCCAGCCAGCCCAGCCAGCGGAGCCAACCAAGCCAAGAAGUCAACAGUGGUCUCUACGAUCCGGUCCUCGACGAUACGGAAGUUAUUUACGAAACAAUAGGACCGGCCGAUUCAGACCAACAAUCGAACCAACUAGAACAACCUACUGAGGUACAAUUCGAAAUUAAACAGUUUACGGACCAACCUGAUCUAACACGAUCUCUAACGAGUUCUCCUUACCUUAUCCCUACCAAACCCUACAGACCCUUCUCUGCAGAACCCCAGGAAAUCCCACCCGUAGAAGACCCUAUAAUCCUCAACCCCCUGUACCACGAUGUUUUCCCUUCUGCCCUGGACACUACAGACAUUGAGGGUCUCACUGAAGGUCUACCACCGGUGAAUAAAUUUAAGCUUCCAAUUUCAGAGCAGUAUGAUCCGAAUAGUGAUCCUUACCAAGAAAUAAAAGUUGUUAGUAAUAAAAUAUAUGUAGUUGAAGAAGAUGAGACAUUACAAAAGAAACAAAUUACUAAAAUUGAACAGAAAAGCGAAAAGAAAGAGCUUCUCAAAAAAGAAACACAAAUUCAAAAUAUUCAAAAAGAAGAAAAACAAGAAAUUGAAUACUUAGAAAAAAUUAAAUCAGAAAUUGACUUGAAAAAAAUAGAAGCUACAGCACUUAAUAUAGUAGAAGAGAGCAUACAACAAGCUGUUGUGGUGGCGGAAGAUAUUAAGAAGGAAAUAGACCUUGAACUAAACGAAUCGGAAACAUACUCGGAACAAGUAACUGAAGAUCGAACUCAGACAAAUGUUAUACAUCAGAAUGAAAUUUCAAGUGAACGUAAGUCUGAAUUAAAUGUGCAUGAAGAGGAAUCGAGUUUGCAAACACAAAGGGUACAAACUAAAGAAUCUGAAACGAUAAGCAAGGAUAGAAAAGAUAUUAUAGUACAGAAUGAAACUUCGAAAAUGGAAGAAAAUGAAGAUAUAAUAUUUUCUGAAAAUAAAUAUAAAAACGAGGAACAUACUCUUAUUGAAAAUAAGGUUAAUAAGGAUAGUGCCAAGACAACAUUAAAAUCGAACUUCGUCGAAUCAUCUGAAUCAGAAAAUAUAUGUGUGGCUGACGUUAACAUAAAUGAUUCAGAAAAAGUAGCUGCAUCGAAACUUUCCGCUGAACAAAGAGCUUACACUAUAGGACUACAGACUAUUCCUAAUAUAAAAGGAACUGUACAAUCAUCAAAUCAUUUUAAUUUACUUUUAAAAACAUUUUUUGUACAUCUAACUGAUGUUAUGGUAGCAUUAUCUAGGUUUAUGUUAACGGAGCCUGUAAAAUUAGUUACUAAUAGAGAGUACAGUGUUGACCAAAAAGACGAAGUAAAAAGCACUAUUAAAAAAGGUGUGGUUAAAGAUAAUAAAAUUGUAAGUAAAGAAACAAAGAAAGUAUCGGAGGCACACGAUAUCACAGCAAAAAUAGCAUCACAAAAACAUCGUGAAUCAAUUAUUUCAAGCAGUAAAGAAGAGAAAAUUAAAAGUGACAUGACAUCUGACAAAAAUAUUAACAAACAAAAAGAGCAGCAUUUAAGUAGUCAUGUAGAGGAAACGGUUGCUGAGGGUAUUAGCAAGCAUGAAUUAAAAAUUGAAGAAGAAGAAAUAAGGAAAAGAAAGUUAUCAGGUGCUAAGAUAGCCCAAAUUGAAGGUAUGAAACCAGAAGAACUUACAAAUAAAAUGGAUAAAGUCAUAUCCGAAUUUCAGAAAAAAUCAGGUACUAGUGAAACUGUGACGCACGAAGAGUAUUCAGAGAAUCAUCUAAGAUCUAGAAAUAGUGUUGAUGAAAAAAUUGGUACGACUCAAAUUGAAACUGAAAAGAAAGCAAUGGAAGUAUUUGAGGCAAAAUCUGAAAAAAGUUUAGUUGAAUCAAAAGUUAUUACGCAAAGUAUUAAAGAAAAUCAACAAAUUAUGGUAAAAGAAAAAGAACCACUUACUUAUGUGGCUAUUGUAGAAGCACAUGUUUACACAAAUAAAGACGCAAUAUUUGAAGAGCAAAUGAGAAGAAUGUCUGAAGCUGCAUAUGAAAGUACUGUGUCCAGAUCCAGUGAAGUAAAAAGUCUGAAUUUAAUGAAAGAUGCUAGAGAAGAAUCCUUGCAAGAGCUUCAGUCUGUAGAAGCUAAGAGAAUUGAAAGUUGUACAAGUAGUUCUUUACAAAAAAACUCUGCUAAUUUAGAAAGCUCCGUUACUAAAGUGGCACUACAAAAAACCACAGAGGUAGUUGAACCUACAGUUAAUAUAGAAACGGAAAAGAAAGUUAAUUUAGUGCAAGCCCAAGCAACUAUGCAAUCAGCAACAAAAACUAUUGCUGCCAAAACGUCAGUCGCUGUAGAGGAAGAUCACAAAAUCAUUCAACAAGAACAACGGGUGUCAGAAAAAACGCAUGUGUUAGUAGAAAAACCAAUAAAAGUUGUUGCUGAACAAACGGAAGCCUUUAUUGAAGAUAAUAUUAAGGAAGUUAAAACAGCUCAAGUAGUACAACAUACACCAAAACCAAAAAUAGAAACACCUGUUAAGACUGUUGCUGAAAUAAAGGAAAUUUAUAUUAAUGAAGAAGAUGCAAAGUUAAUAGAAAAGGACUCCAUAAAUUUAGUAAAACCCAAAUGUGCUAUCGACACGACAGUAAAAGCUGUCGCACAGAAAACAGAAGUUUUGGUUGGUGACAAUGUAGCACAUUUAGAAACUACUCAACCAGUAUCUUCGAGACAAGCUCAAGUAGGAGUUAAUGAAUCAGUAGCAACAGUUAUCACCGAAAUGGCAGUAUUAGAACCAAAAGACGAAAUGCUUGAAGUUCCCGAAAUCACUAUGAAACAGCCUCAAACUUUGAUACAAGAACCAAUUCUUCGUAUCCCAGAAGUAGUAGAAACGUGUUUAGCCGAAUCUAAAGGUGAUAUUGAAAUACCAAAAGUAGUUCCUACGAAAGCUACAGUAGAAGUACAAGUAGCAAAGGUAGCCGCUCAAGCCACAAUUAUAACCCUAGAAAAAACGGAAAAAGAGUUUGAUCAAAAACCAAUCUUAACGCCAAAAAGUGCAAAAGUUAUUAUUGAAGAGCCAGUUGUAGCACAAGCAGAGAUACAAACAGUCAAAGUCGAAGAAGCAAAAUGUGAAAUAACAGAUGUAACAGAUACUUCAAAACAUUACGAAGAAGUUAAUGUCGAUUAUAAGGUCGAAUUGCCCAAAGAAGAAUCGGAAAAAGUUUAUCAAGAGGAGUCUGCUGAACUAAAAAUAAUCAAAGAACAAAUUAUUGAAGUGACCCCUCCAGUAGAAGUUUAUGAAGACUUCGAAUUUGAUAUGAAAAAAAUUGGGCUCAAAAAAGAAGUUUCACAAUCAAUUAAUGUACAUGAGAAAAGUGCUAAAUUAGAGACAUCAAAAACUGCCACAAUUCAAGCUGCCAAUAUUUAUUCAGAAUCAGAAAGUCUUGUGUCUAAAAGCGAACAAACGUUACAAUCCUCUCAAAGUACCGUCGUAGCGUCACAAGUAGAAUUAAAUCAAACGGACUAUCAGGCGCAUGCUAAAUCCGUAGAAAAGAAGCUUCAGCAAGUAGUACAUAAAUCAAUAGCAAUAGAUGACCAACGCCAUCUUACUUUACGUACCGAUUUAACCAAAAAACAAGUAGUGGAAGCAAAUGGUGAAGACAUUCAAACUCCAUCUCCUAUCUCAGUUCCACCCACUCCCUUAGUUGAUGAGUAUGUAUUUAAACUGGAAGCAACUCUACCUAAAAACGUAACACCGGUUCCUAGAGAUUGUUCGGUAACUCCCCCAAGUGAGCACGAAGAUCCCAAUAUAGUUAAAAAGAAAUUAGUACCACAAAUAGUAGACACUAAUAUUGAGCAAGUAAUUUAUGAUCCACCUCUCCCUACCCCGACUUCUCCUGAGAAGAAGUCACCACCGAGAUAUGUCAAACCAGGGUUAAGGGGAGGUUCAGAUAGACCUGAAAUUACCAAGGAAGAAAUUAUGGAUAUCGAAAGAAAAUCCUCGCUUCUUACCUCUGCUAUUGAUGAAACAAUUCGAAGCAUUGAGGAAUAUAAAGAGUCCGUGGGCAUUGAUAUUAAACAAGAAACAACGUCUGAACUUUCAUCUGAAAUGAUAACAGAAGAAUCUUCAAAGAAGCGCACUAAAAUAAUUGUGUCAAAUGGGUAUAGUGAUGAAAGCGACCGCGAAAUUAAUGGUUCUGACAAUGAUAGUCAGGUAGUCAUUGAAACGCAAAAUGACCUUGAAACGAAUGAAAGUGAACAGUCAGUAGAACAAACUGUAGUUUUUAACGGAAAAAUAAAUAAUGGUGCUGAACAAGAAGAAACAACCAAUGAUGAGAUCAAUAAAAUAGCUAAUAGCGAAGAAAAUCACGAAGAUCUUAUAGAAACUGUAACUAUAAAUCUCUCUAAAAUGAAGAGGGACUCAUUGCAAGAAACAAACAUCGCAACUACCGAAGCAUCAAAUGAUGUUGAAGAAACUAUAAAAUUAAAUGGUAAUUCUAGGCUCAACGGUAGUAGCGCAGAAAGCGUUUACUCUGACGCGGUCAACGAACAACAGGAAAGCACUAACUUUUCAGCUACAGUUGAAUAUACACAGAAAACGUUACAAGAACCUGAGAAAAAGGAUCCCUUAGAAGGCUAUCGGCCUGUAGAGUUCAAUCCAGAAGUGUUUAAGCAACGACGACAAUUAGUAGAAAUGCAACUAACAGAACAAAUGAAUUUUGAAGGAAGGAAGGUGGAGAUGUACAAGACUGACAGCGGAGAGAUAAUCGGCUCUCAGCAGGGUAUCAUCGACGGAUUAGAGGAACCCGUGGUAGAUCCUGAAAUAGCGAAGGAACUAGGCAAACCAGGUAUGCCAGGAGAGAAGGUCGCCGAGUUAAUAUCUGGAGAAGCUGAUAUAUUGAGAGAAGCCCACGUUAUGGGCUUGGCAAGAGUGCUCAAAUCGCACAUGCAUCGAACAUUGGACGACGAUUCCAGCGAUGACCUGCUAAAAAUAAAACCAUCCAUUGAGACGUUGAAAGACUCCGAAGUUCUAAAAGCCCUCAACGAGGAGAUCCUAAGGAGCCGAGAUGUGAAAAUGAAGGAGGAGAGAAGAUGGACGACCUUCCUACAGAAACCAGCUCCGAAGCCAAAGCAGAAAGUUGUAUUUUGUGGUAACAAGGAAGACGCGUUGAAUUAUAAUUUUGAGAAUUUCCGAUUGGAUGAAGAUGACAUCUAUGGAGAAGAGCAAUAUAGAGUGAGGAUAGUAAAGCAGCCCAAACCAAGGAUUGCGCCAGAUUUUAAACCAGAAGAUUUUGACACUGGACCCUUGCCCUGGGAGCAAAGAGCUGUUGUUGAAGAAAAAGAAGCACCUGAGGCACCACCCGUUGAGGCUGAAGAUCCUAUUCUAAUACCAGAAGACGGACCCGAGUUUGUAGAAGCAGUAGACCCUCUGCCGGAGAGCGAAGUUCCUGAUCUAGAGGAUACAGGUAUUCCCCUUCCACCACCACUACCGCCUCAACAAGAACUGCCUACGCUUGUCGUCGAAGAAACACAACCUCAAGAACAACAAGAGCAUAUAGAAGAAUCAGACAUAGAAGAGCCAGAAUUCCAAGAAGCAAGUAACAACUCAGAAGAGAUGGAAAAGAAUAAGAUAUCUGAACAACUAUUAUCAAACAUUGAGAGUAUGGUUGAUCCAAAUGCAACACUGGAAGAGCAAUUGGCACAAAUGCGGGCACAGCUAGCGGCGCUAGCGCAGCUACCUAAUGUCAUCCAACAGACAUUGGAGCUAGUGACCAAACAGAUCUGCCAAAUCAGCCAACAGAAAGUCACACAGCAGAUUCAACAAAUAACGGAAAGUCAAGAGCAAUUUGUCGAUGCUGUUUCAAACAUCGAGGAAUCGCACACCGAACAAACAGUGGAAAAAACUAACGAAGUAGAACAACAAAUCCAGGAAGCGCCACAGGAGAUGAACAUAUCUGUGGAGGAACAGGAGCACCUGAGGAGAGAAGAGGAGGAGAGAAUAAUUGAAGAGCAAAAGAAGUUAGAACAACAGAAAAAGGAACUAAUCGAACAAAUGAGAAUCGAACAAGAGUCCAGACAAGUGAAACAGCGUUCCACCCCACGCGUGGGCAAGCCCCGUCCCAUGUUUGGUCCACCUGUACCCGUCGAGAGGCCCGUGGUCCUCCCUGGAGGCAGGAGGUGGAGGAAGCCAGAAGACGCCUACAAUGAGCAGAAGAUCAACGAAGCCCUGACUGCUCAAGCGGAGGUCAUAAAGGGAAAAGCUAUCGGGUCAUUUGAAAGCGAACAACAGCUAUAUGACAAGAGAGUAAACUUCCUCAAGUAUGAGAAGCCACCGGUUUCUCUGGACCAUUUGCAGCAGUCAGAGGUAUUCAAAGUGGUUCACAACAUGGACCAGAAGCCGCUAAAGCAGGUUGAACUUCUCACUCCUGUCAUCGCUGAGGCUGAUUACCGAGAGAGGAAAGUAAAGUCUCGGUUUAGCCCCGUUAGCAGCGUGGCCAAUAGGUGGCCCUCGCGCGGCUGUAGCCCCGCCCCACAGGGCGAGAUCUUUAACGCCAUGCCGUGAUAUGACCGACCAGCGCGUUAGUAUGUCGCAGCAACUGCAGCCCUAACGAGUGAAUUACUUUUGUAUAUUUGAUACAUGUCUUGUUUUAUUUGUAUAAAAUGCCCGCCAAAAUU